AUGCGUUCACUUUUAUUAAAUAUUGCCACAACUGACUUACCGAUAAAUGCUGAGAUAUGGGUCGUAUACGGUGAUGUACAGCCAGCGUUGAAAGAAAGAACUCGAAAAAAGGGCACUGUACGCAGACUUUACUUGAGUGAAUACGAUGAUUCUGAUGAAACCACAUCAACGGUUUCAAUUCCACCAGUUAGCAUUCGAAUGUUUCGUGUAAUUCAUCAAAGUGGUACUUUUCGUUUGAAUAAACUUGAAAAUAAAACUGGUGUUCAAACGAUUUAUUGGAUGAG